UCUAACACCUGCUGCAGCUGCCUCGCCAUGAUGAGCCUGAGCCGCCUGGUCUCUCUGUUGCUGGGCGCCACUCUGCUCUGCGGGCAAGGCUCCUUCUGUCGCCGGGUGGUCAGCGGGCAAAAGGUAUGCUUUGCUGAUUUGACGCAUCCCUGCUACAAAAUGGCCUAUUUCCAUGAGCUGUCAAGUCGAGUGAGCUUUCAGGAGGCACGCCUAGCUUGUGAGAGUGAGGGAGGAGCCCUUCUCAGUUUGGAGAACGAAGCAGAACAGAAGCUGAUAGAAAGUUUGUUACAGAACCUCACAAAACCAGGAACAGGAAUUUCUGAUGGUGAUUUCUGGAUAGGACUCUGGAGAAAUGGAGAUGGGCAAGCAUCAGGUACCUGCCCAGAUCUCUACCAGUGGUCUGACAACAGCCAUUCCCAGUAUCGAAACUGGUAUACUGAUGAACCUUCCUGUGGAAGUGAAAAGUGUGUUGUUAUGUAUCAUCAACCAACUGCCAAUCCUGGACUUGGAGGUCCCUACCUUUACCAGUGGAAUGAUGACAGAUGCAAUAUGAAGCACAAUUAUAUCUGCAAAUAUGAACCAGAAAUUAACCCCACAAUCUCUGUAGAAAAGCCUUAUUUUACAAAUCAACCAGGAGACACUCAUCAAAAUGUCGUUGUUACGGAAGCAGGCAUAAUUCCUAAUCUAAUUUAUGUUGUUAUACCCACGAUACCACUACUAUUACUGAUACUGGUUGCUUUUGGAACCUGCUGUUUCCAGAUGCUUCAUAAGAGUAAAGGAAGAACAAAAACUAGCCCAAACCAGUCCACGUUGUGGAUUUCUAAAAGCACCAGAAAGGAAAGCAGCAUGGAGGUAUAAGUCAUUGACUUUAUUUCAGAGGGGUUCUAGAUCUGUGAGAGGAAUGAUAUCAAAACAUUAGCUUGGAAUGGCUUGGAAAAAAAAUCAUGGAUCUGCAAGAUGUACUGUAAGAUC